AUGGGCUAUCAACCAGACGCUGUAGUUUUGACUACACUAAUAAAAGGACUCUGUUUUAAUCAAAAUGUUGGCAAAGCUCUAGAUUUCUACGAUGACAUAAUGGCAAAAGGAUUGAAGUUAGAUGAAGUUAGUUAUGGAAUAAUAGCAAACGGGCUGUGUAAAAUGGGGAAAACAACAUCUGCUCUUAAAUUGCUUAAAGUAAUGGGGAGGCAUCUUGUUAAGCCCAACACAGUUAUAUACAACACAAUCAUUGUUGCGCUUUGUAAAGAAGGACUUGUUAAUGAUGCACACAAUCUGUAUUUUGAAAUGACUGAUCAUGGGGUACCUCCAAAUGUUGUUAUUUAUAAUAGUCUAAUCCAUGGCUUUUGUCGGAUGGAUCAAUGGCAGCAAGCAAAUCAAUUACUCAAUGAAAUGAUAUCGAAAGGCAUACAACCAGAUGUUUAUACCUUCAACAUUAUUGUUGACGCAUUAUGUAAAGACGGAAGGAUUGUACAAGCUCAAGCGGUAUUUGCUAGGAUGGUGAAGAGUGAUCAGAGACCUCAUGUUGUUACAUAUAAUGCUUUGAUUGAUGGACAUUGUUUGACCAAUAAUAUCAUUGAGGCUAAGGAAGUUUUUAAUAAGAUGAUUGAAAAUGGUUUGGCACCUGAAAUUGUUAGUUAUAGCAUUUUGAUCAACGCAUGCUUUAAGAUGAAAAUGGUGGAUGAAGCGAUGGAUCUUUUUAAGGAACUGGAUUCCAGAAAUUUGGUUCCUAGCUUUGUAACUUAUAAUUCUGUUAUUGAUGGGUUGCUCAAAUCACGAAGAAUCUCAUGCGCACAGUAUAUUAUCUAUGAGAUGCAUGAUAGGGGCCUUCACCCUAACGUAAGCACGUAUAACAUCUUGUUAGAUGUAUUUUGCAAAAUGGGACAUAUUGACAAGGCAAUUACGUUAUUUAGGCAAAUUGUCAAUCAAGGAUUUCGGCCUGAUGUGAAGACCUACACUAUACUUAUUGAUGGUUUGUGCAAAGGUGGUAGAUUAAAUUAUGCAUGGGACACUUUUCAGUAUCUUUUGGCUGCUGAAAUUGUUAAUCUUACACUUAAAAUUGUUAACGACUGCUCUUUUAGUUAUUAA